CCCAACACCACCCCACACUUGCACAAUCUAACUCCACGAUUUCCGCAUCCCCACCAGGGCGGAAUUACCACGAAGUUCUCUAGCCAACAUGUCCUCAACAAAAGCGGCCCGACUGGGCGAGGAAGUGUGGAAGACGCGGGUGGACAAGGUUAGCGCAGAGCUUGUAACGUUGACUUACGGCACAAUUGUGGCCCAGCUUUGCAAAGAUUAUGACAACGAUUACCCCGAGGUCAACAGGCAACUCGAUAGGAUGGGAUACAACAUCGGGCUGCGCCUAAUUGAGGAUUUUCUGGCCAAGACCAGCGCUCCCACCUGCUCCAACUUCCGUGAGGUUGCAGAUAUGAUCUCUAAGGUCGGCUUCAAGAUAUUCCUGAAUAUCACGCCUACGAUUACGAACUGGUCUAGCGACAACAAGCAAUUCUCCCUGAUCCUCGACGAGAAUCCCCUUGCCGACUUUGUAGAGCUCCCAGACGACGGCCGAGCGCAGGACGAGCUGUGGUUCUCGAAUAUACUUGUUGGAGUGCUACGAGGAGCGCUCGAGAUGGUACACAUGCAAGUAGAAGCUCACUUCAUCAGUGACAUUCUUCGAGGCAACGACACCACAGAGAUGAGAAUAUCUCUGACCCGAUACAUCGACGACGAAAUGCCACCGGACGACGAGUGAGAGAUAAUUGCGGGGGAGCACUUAUGAAUCAUGAGGAUAGAUACCCAAUCUUCCGGGUCUGGACAAUGCAUAGGACGGCGUCGAGGGGUACAUGAUACAAUGGCAAAUACUUGAAAUAUCUGACCGGAGACAGCCUUGAGGAAUUGGUGUUGCCUUGGAGUUGAGUGCGCUUGAGCAAGCCUGAGGCCUCUCCCGGUGUCUAUCUAGAUAAUGCGCGGAACCCUCUCGCAAACCUCGCUGGCCAUUCAAUGCAGAGCGAUGCUAGAGCACUCGAUGACGUGCGGGUUCGGCUCUACCUGCAUUCGAAUAUUGAACAAAUCGGCCGUGUGUG